AUGAAAAAAGAAAAAAUACAGACACACAUAACAACCCUGCUUCUCUCGUCUCUCUCUCUUACAUCCUGAAAAAAAAAAAUCGUAAUAAUAAUAAUAAAAAAGAAGAAGCUUAAAAGCUAAAUUACAAAUGAGAACAGAAAACCCACUAAAAAAAUUCAAGAAAGCUGUCCUUUUUUCUUUAAACAACCGCAACAACUAACAAUAAAAUAAAAAACCCUCCCAGAUCUCCUUCUUCGGAUCUCUUUCUUUUUACGAAACCCUUCAAUCCAGGGUUUAUUAGGGGUUUUGUGUUGCAACUUGAAUGCAAUAUUGUGUUUUCUUUAUUUUGCUGAUUUCCUCCCCUUUUUGUAUCUUUUAUAUUCCAGGUUUUAAAGGGUUGUAAGCAUUUCUCCAUGAAACCGACCUUCGUAGCUGGUUUUGGCACCUGGGCUCCCUUCAAAAUAUUGGGUUUUGAUUGAUUUGCAAGAGAUUCUCUGUGGCUUUUCUUUUUUUCUUUUUAUAUUUUAUAUUUUUCGUUUUCUUUUUGGGUCUGCAAAGAUUGAGUUGGGGUUUUCUGAGAUGGGCAGUAGCUCUGAUAACCUCAACAGUAAUAACAACAACAACACCACCAAAGCCAUUGAUGCGUCUGUGGGUGCUUUAGUUUGGGUCCGCCGUAGAAAUGGGUCAUGGUGGCCGGGUCGGAUUGUGGGUCUUGAUGAAAUUUCCGAAGGUAGUUUGGUCUCGCCAAGAUCAGGCACUCCUGUCAAACUUCUCGGACGCGAGGAUGCUAGUGUACGCUUUAUUUUGUUGGUUUAGGGAUUGGUAUAAUCUUGAAAAAUCCAAAAGGGUGAAGGCAUUUCGAUGUGGGGAAUAUGAUGAAUGUAUUGAAAAGGCAAAGGCUUCCGCUGCAAAUGGUAAUAAGAGAGUGGUGAAAUAUGCUCGGAGGGAAGAUGCCAUUCUCCAUGCCUUAGAGAUUGAGAAUGCUCGCCUAGGCCAGGAUCAGCUGGACUUCUUCUCUAGAAGUGAUAAUUUGGGUGAAGAGCAUGGUAGUUCAGCCAAAGAAUCAAGCAUGUCAUUUUCUGGAAAAGAAGACGGUGAUAUGACUGAUGGGGAUAGUGAUUCUGAAGAUAAUUCAGAUGCGAUUGCUGAUUCAGAUUCUAGUUUGGAUUCUGAUUCAGGUUCACAUUCAGAUUUAGCACCAGAGUUAUCACAGUCUGGUACAUCUUCUGAAGAUCCAAAUCAUCUUGGUGCUUGUAAGGUGCAAUCUUUGCCAGGAAAGAGAAGAAGAACCCCAAAUGAUUCUGAGGAUGAUGGAACAGAAGGAAUUAAGCGUAUGAGAGGACUCGAGGAUCUUGGAAUUGGUGUAGGAGAUUCAAGCAUUGGGAAUUGUAUGCCUAAUUUCAGUCCUGUAAAUGGUAGCAAAGGUUAUAACUCGUUGCUGAAAAGAAAAAGGUCUCAAGUAGCAAAUGUUAAUGAGCUAUUGAAAAGAAAAAAUCGUCACCGACCACUGACGAAAGUUUUAGAGAGUACGACCAUGGUGUGUGUUCCAGUUAUUUGUGACCAAAUUCCCAGUUCAAGUAGCUCACCACUUCCUGGAUUAUCUGACAGUAAGAUUUCUGGAUUAGAGUCAAAUGAGUCUAGAAAGGACUGUUCUAUUGCAAUUAAUAAUAACUCAGACAAUACUGGAGUUUCUUGUGAGAAUGAUGGCUCAUUAAAGUCUUCUGAGCAUGUUUAUGAUGCUCCCCUCAUUAAUCACAACUUGAAGAAGGAAAAAGAUAUUUCUAGCGUAUCUGGGCUAACUGAGAACGAUUCUGCAGACAGGUUAUUUGAUGUACCAUUUGUUGGGGAGGAAAAACACUCUACAGGAAUUUCUCCUAUGUCCUGUUCAUCUGGAAGGCAGCAAAUUGGUGGAUUGGGGAGGCAAUCUAGUCAAAGUAGACAAGCAGAAGCUGUAUUGUUUAAAAAUGAAGCCUGUAAUGAAUCUGGUUCCACUAGUCUGGCAGUCAAUUGUGUUUAUAAUAAUAUCAGCCAAAGGAUAGAGAAAGGUACAUCAAAGUGGCAGUCAAAAGGAAAGAGGAAUUCAAGACACACAAGUAAAAAUAAAAAUCAAGACUCGAGAAAAGAUCUGGACAUGGAUGAUGAACCCAAUGUGUUCUUGGCAGGUAUGGAGCAUUUGGAUGAAUUCUGUCAGGGUCCUGGUCAGGAAGUUGAUUGCAGCGGAGGUAAAUCCCAACCAUUUACUGAAGACCAUGGGGAUGCGGUACGGGACUGGAGCAAGUCUUUUCCUCAGGGGGAUCUUAGUAUGAAGGGGUUAAUGGUGGAGAUGUCUGUGCCUCAAAGGUCACUUCCCUACCGUCAAUCACGCUUCACAGUUAAUUCCAGAUAUCAGACAUCAGAUUUUUCUGGCAGAAAUUUCUCCUCAGGUUCAAAACUAUUUAAUGUUGACAUCAAGGUUCAACAAAACUACCGGCAGCAGCAUGUUCCAUUGGUUUCCCUAAUGAGUAAAUUGAAUGGUAAAGCCAUUGUUGGUCACCCUUUAACAAUUGAGAAUUUACAGGAUGGCUAUUCUGAUCUAUUGCUUGGUAGCAAUGAAGGGGAUACAGUGCAUGUUACUGAAAUAGAAACUCCCAAAUUGGUUUAUGCAGCUAUGCGGAAUUUAGAAGCUGGUAGGAUACCUGCCAGGCAUAUGACAAUGAAACCACUAUCUUCACCUAGUAAAUCACACAAAUUAAGGAAAUGUGGGCUGUUGUCUAAAAAGAUUCGGAAACUAUCUUCAUUGACUGGAAAAAAAGUAGAAGAUAGGAAACUGGUGGUGGAGAAGUCCAAGGGUCCUGCCGUAACUUGUAUCCCCCUCAAAUUAGUGUUCAGUAGGAUAAACGAGGCAGUGAAUGGUUCAGCAAGGCAAACACACUGUGCCUUUACAUCAAGCAACUCGUGAAUCUUGUUCUCUGGAAAGGUUGGAGAGUAUGAAUUAUAUCUGAUAAAUUUGUUUUGUUGGGGUCAUUGGAGCCAGUUGUAGUUGGGGAACCCGGUUUUCUGCAUAUUCAAAUGAUGCCCGAUUUGUGGCAAGCGUGCUCCACCCUGAAGGUAGAGGUGAAGGUAGAAUCCCUCGGUACAAGCCCUUUACCAUUGUAGAGAUGAACAGACAGGAUUGAGAUCAAUGGAGGCUGUCUAGCUAUGUAUAUAUGUAACGGUAGUUGAGGUGUAAAUCAAAGAUGGCGACCUCGGUAAUAGGUACUUGUGGUCUGAUGCCAGGUUUAAUUCAUGAAUUGAGGUUGGUUUAGAGGGCUAAUAACCUAUUAAUUUUCCUGUAACUGGUUUGGGGCAUGGUUAGUAAUUUUACUACCAAACCAUGUUUUUUCUUUGCCAUUGCUUAUUGCAAUAUGCAACUGAUGAUGCAGAAGGUUGUGUC